AUGGAGCACCAAGCUCUUGAGGUGGAGGGGCAGAGCCUCGAUCAAAAUGAUCAAUCACAAAACAAGCUACAAAGGAGCUCAUUCCUACAUGCAACAUUCAACAGUGUCAGUGCCAUACUUGUGAUAUGCUGCUAUACUGCCUAUGUUCUUGGUCGCUGCCUCAUCCCAAAUGGAUCAUACAACACAAUUGCCGAGGCUGCCUUCGGUUCCAGAGCUCGCCUUCCCUUCACCUUGCUGGUUCAAUUCGAGAUGAUAGCAGUGUUGGUGGGCUACACGAUUUCCAUGGGUGACAAUCUUGCCAGGCUAUUCCCUCAUGCUACUCUUCGGAUCUCAGCUCUUGAGAUUGGCCCUUCCAAGGUGCUGCUUUUCAUAGCGUUCCUCGUUGUUCUUCCAACAGUCUGGCUGAGAAACUUGGCAUGGAUAUCAUAUCUAUCUCUAUUCGGUAUUGUUACGUACAUGAUCAUCACGGUUACAAUGAUUUAUGUUGGAACUGGAUUGGGUGUCGGGUUUCACCACUCGGUUCCACACUUGAGACCGGAAAACUUGCUCAACAUCGCGGGAAUCUAUGCCUACUGUUUUGCGGCUCACUGUGCUCUUCCUAGUGUUUAUACGUCGCUCAAGAAUCCCUCCAACUAUGCAAAGGUACCAUUUUUAUCGACUGACACGGAGAUGUAA